UCCAUCCUGUUCUUGUCGCCAAUGCAUCCCCGUAAGUCACCUUAGUCACAAGGAAUCAAUCAAGUUGGCCAUGGAGGCGAGGGUUCACGCUAGUGGAAUUUUAAAAGCCCUGGUGAGGCCGAAUGUAGCUGAGACAAUCGCAAAGCACCAAGUCUAAGACUUCCGCCCCUGGAAAGAGUUUGUUUUCUCCUGUCCUGCCCGGCCACCUCGGGUCAGCCCAGCUCUAGUUGUGCGCAGUCUCCUAGAGUUGUUUGCCGUCUCUAUGGCAACCCGGUAGCCGGCCUCUGAAAAUGGAGACGACCGAGUCUACUGAGGAAUCUCCUCCGCUAUCUUUAGAUGUACAGCCCAGCUCCGAAGGACUGGAGAGCACUUCCGAUCCCACUCCUUCUUCGGGUGGCAGUCCUAGGUCGGCCCUAGCGGCCAUAACUGCCCCAUCUGUAUUGUGUGCAGAGCCUCGUGGGCAGUAUUCUUUGCUCACAGAGCCUUCUUCCGACAGUCUUCUCGAGGUUCCCUGCCCUGGGUCCCAUCAGAUAGGCCAUGGGACAUUUGGCUACCAGCCCCUCUAUGUUUCUUACAUUCCUCGGAAUCCCUGUACGGCAGCCCCCAGCUCAAGCACUAUUCCUGCUUCUUCUUAUCCUGGAAGGAGCUCUGUUCACAGCUCUGGUCCUUGCUCUGGCUCAGGCUCCGGUCAUCAGAGUUCUGAUGCUGGCAAGGACACUGGUCCUACCUAUAAGCCUAGGCCUGCCCCUGUACCAGCUCUUGCCCCUGCACCUGAACCUGGCCCUGCUGACUCUGGACCUGGUCAUAAGGUCAGCUCCAGCAUUCCUCAAGGGGUCGGAGGCCUCCCACCAGUUCAGUUGCCUAAUAGUAGCACAUGGUAUCAGUUCUGCUACUGUGUACCACACCGACAACCCUGGGAACCUCUGCAAGUCUCAGAGCCUGGAGUAAGGGGGCCAUUGAAACCCCCAGAGGCUGAAGGGAAAUCUGAGUUUCUUUGUAAAACACUGCCGCGUGGCCGGUGCCUCCUUCACAACUGGGAGGAAGAGAGAGCCACCAACCAGCUGGAUCAAGUUCCAAGAUUGCAAGACGGCUCUGAGAGUUACUUCUUCCGACACGGACACCAGGGAUUGCUGAGCAUGCAACUUCACUCAGCCAUGCCUGGCAGCACCACCCAGAAAGACUCAUACCGGACCCCCAGAAAGAUCUGCCAGCCACUUCGAGGAAAGCGGGAAGCUAUGCUGGAGAUGCUCCUGCACCAUCAGAUCUGUAAAGAGGCACAGGCAGAACAAGACCCUCCCAGGAAGCUCUUUGAGGCGGAGUCAGUAACACACCGUGACUACACAGCAAAGAUGGUCCAAACAGGGCCUCCAGCCCCUAUAAAGCCUCAUGAUUACCGCCAAGAACAGCCUGAAACGUUCUGGAAGCAGAGAGCACCACAGCUACCGGGUGUCAGUAACAUCAGGACACUGGACACACCGUUCCGGAAGAACUGCAGCUUCUCAACACCAGUGCCCUUGUCUCUGGGACAUCCUUUGCCUUACGAACUUGAGAAUUUCCCCCACCAAAUGGGUGCAAUGUCUUCCCUUGCCUGCCAGGGAGAAGGGCAGGGGUGUGGAGGGUCGAGGACAACUCCAGGCUAAGGGUUAAGGAGGGAAGUGGAUGGGGAAUUCGGAUUCUCCUUUUGUUUAUACUACAGUAGGUGU